AUGGCGCCUAGCAAUCAACCAUUUAUUUUGCGUUCAAUUCUUGAGAAAGAUAAGUUGAAUGGAACAAACUAUGCAGAUUGGAUCUGCAACCUGAGAAUUGUUCUGAGGGCUGAGAAAAAGGAAGAAAUUCUAGACACCCCAUUACCAGAAGAGCCUACUGAUAAUACACCUGCUGCAGAGAAAAAUGCUUACAAGAGAGCAUGUGAUGCUGAUCUUGAAGUGAGUUGCCUUAUGCUUGCUUGUAUGGAACCAGAUCUGCAGUUGCAAUUUGACAAUAACCAUGCAGUGCACGAUAUGAUCGUGGCGCUCAAUGAUAUGUUCCAGACUCAAGCCAGGACUGAAAGGUUCAAUGUCUCAAAGGCUUUUGCUGAAACCAAGCUAGCAGAGGGCGCAGCAGUUGGGCCACAUGUGAUCAAAAUGAUUGGUUACACUCAGAGGUUGGAGAAGCUGGGCUUCCCAAUUGGCCCUGAAUUAGCUACUGAUUUUAUUCUCGUGUCUCUUCCACCCAGCUAUGGAAAUUUCAUCGUGAACUACCAUAUGCAUGGGGCGGAGAAGGGCUUGAAUGAAUUAUGUGGCAGCUUAAAACAACAGAGACUGAUAUCAAGAAAGCCUAAGUUUAAGAAGCAGGGCAAUUCUUGGAAGAAGAAAAAGGGCAAGGCUAAAGAUGAGAUCUCUAAGCCAAACCCACCUACGCCCAAGGCUGGACCACCUGCUGAUGCUGAGUGCUUUCAUUGUCGUGGGAAAGGUCAUAUAAGUGAGAAUCGCAUGAAGAGGCUCCAUUCUGAUGGGCUUUUAACUUCGUUUGAUUUUGAAUCAUACGAGACAUGUGAGGCUUGCCUGCUGGGCAAGAUGACCAAGACGCCUUUCACAGAUAAACUAACACCCAAGUCAGACAAAUGCUUUUUCGUGGGAUAUCCGAAGGAAACUUUAGGGUAUUACUUCUACUACCGAUCAGAGGGCAAAGUGUUUGUUGCUCAGAAUGGUGUUUUCUUAGAGAAAGAGUUUCUCAAAAAAGAGAAAAGUGGACAGAAGGUGCAUCUUGAAGAAGUUCAAGAUGAGCUAGUUGGGAAGGACUCUAUGAGUGAUGCUAAUGUAGCAGAACAAGUUGAGAUACCCGUGGCAAUAGAAACACCGCCACAACCACGAAGGUCAGCAAGAAUCCGUGAGUUGCGUGGGGAUUUGUUAUUGUUAGACGAUGAUGAACCUACGACUUAUGAGGAAGCAAUGAUGGACCCAGAUUCUGAGAAAUGGCAAAGUUUUGUGUUCACAAUAAAUGGUGGUGCUGUAAGUUGGAAAAGUUCCAAGCAGGAGACGGUGACCGAUUCUACAGCAGAGGCCGAGUACAUUGCAGCUUCUAGAGCUACGAAGGAAGGUGUUUGGAUGAGGAGGUUCCUCAUUGAACUUGGUGUGUUUCCGAAUGCGUCCAGCCCAUUGAAUCUACAUUGUGACAACAAUGGGGCAAUUGCGCAGGCUAAGGAGCCAAGGAAUCACCAAAAGAACAAACAUGUACUGCGGAGAUUUCACCUCAUUCGAGAGUUUGUUAGACGAGAUGAGAUCAAGAUGUGCAAGAUACACACAGAUUUGAAUGUUGCAGAUCCUUUGACAAAGGCUCUUCCACAGCCUAAGCAUGAGGCGCACAUGAGAGCUAUGGGUAUUAGAUAUCUUAGAGAUUAA